GGGCGGAGCGGGGCCGGAGGAGGAGGAGCGCGGGGCCCGGCCGCCCGCCCGCUCCGGUCGCCCCUGGAGACGGGUGGAGGGGCCGGAAGGACGGACGGAGCGAGGGACGGACAGACGGACAGACCGAGGGACAGACCGAGGGACAGACCGACGGCUCGCUGCACAAAUAAAAUCCAAGCCAGGCGGACAAGCGCCGGGGCUGCCUAUGUAGCCUGAAGAAUUCGCUCAAGGUCACGUAAACCUGCGGCCAGGCUGCAUCUCGUGACUCCCUCCCCGUCUGGAGCUCUGACCGCGGGCCGUUCCUGCUUUACAUGCCGUAAGACCAGCUGCUUUUGAGCACCUCCGGAUCCCUGAAGAUGUCUGGCAAAACGGCGAGCACCACCAACAACAUCGCUCAGGCCCGCAGGACCGUCCAGCAGCUGAGAAUAGAAGCCUCGAUAGAGCGGAUAAAGGUGUCAAAGGCGUCGGCAGACCUAAUGCUCUAUUGCGAAGAACAUGCCAAGAAAGAUCCGUUGCUAAUGGGCAUACCUGCCUCUGAGAACCCCUUCAAGGACAAGAAGACGUGCGUGUUGUUAUAGGAGCGCCCGCGCUACCGCCGCUCUGCGACGCGGGGCGAGGCGCAGGCAGGUGUAUAGACAAAUAACCCGUAAGGUACCUGCUAGUAACUCUUUUUCCACGUGUAUAAAUGAUUUCUUAAGCUUUCUAAAGCAUUUCCUCUCUUCCCGGUCUUCAUUAGGAAGCAGGUCUCAAACAGAAUUAAUCGCCCUCUGGGCUGGCGGGCGCGGGGCUGGCUGCGCCGUGAGAGCCGCCCAUGUGCCCGGGGAGCUGCUCUGCCCCGGCCCCGCUCCCGAGAUCCACAAACACCACCAAAGUUGCCUGGCUUUGCCGACAGAACAGGGACGGAUUGGGAAUCCCAAUUAACCAUCGUUUGUUUCAGUUUUUUAGACCGCGCGUGCACGCAGGGCGGGCGGCGAUGCCUGCCUGGGGAGCGCACAGCCGUGCCCUCGUGCACAUGCACACGUCCAAGUGCAUUAUUUAGCAACAGCUGCCUUGAAAACCAUUGUAGCAACUGCUGGCGAGCUCCAGCGACUCAUGCCUACAUCUCUGUUAUGCCUCUUUCUCUCGUUGGGUCUGUAAGUGUGAAACCUGGAGUGCCAGGAGUCAGGUAUCUGAGGGGUUUUUCGUAGCUCCUCAAGAGGAGGUGAAAAAGCAGAGUUCUCAGCUUCAGUUCUGCUCGAUUCUGCUUUUCUGCUUUCUCUAAUUAAACCUCUUGUUGGUAUUAAAAAAAGUUGUCGAAAGAAUCAAAGGCUGCAAGCUGACGUUUCCCUGGCUUUGUGGCUGAGGUACAGGUAUGGUUCUGUCACUCCAAGCCUCGUCCAUGUUUUGUACAGGGAUUCAGAAUUUGGCUCUCUUUUAAAUUCCUUUUUAGAGGGGAAAAAAAUGCCAAAUUGUCUCCAGAUUGUGGUUAUGCAAAUAUAAUUGGGGAGCCUUUCCAUCAAGUACGUGAUUUUAUAUAUAUACAUAAUAAAAACCUCCUUGUGUGUGUGUGUGUAUAAACUUUAAUAGAAUAUUUAUACAAACAUUGCAUAUUAACAGAAAACUUCGAGGGGAUUUGCAAUAAUCCCGACUUCAGCAGGCUCCCGAUGUUCUUUGCCUUUCCCUGUAGCCGGUGGUUGGGAGGCUGAAGUCCUGAUCUGCCAUAACCGUGCAUUUCUGUAACCACGUCUACAGAACGUAUUAACCACUUGUAAUUUACUGUCUUACAUUGCCUAUUUGUCAUUUCUAUAUUAAAUUAUAUACGCACUGUUGAUAAUA